AUGUGUAGAGCUCUUGCUCGGGUGCUUGCACCACCUCCUUCCAUUCUUGGGUUGUUACCACCUCCUUCCUUGCUUAGGAUGUUGGUUUCUUUGGCUUUGGGAAGUGUUAUCCCAGGUUUGCUCUUGGAUUGGCUGUUGCUUCGCUAUUGGUGGUUUGGUGGUUUCGUUUUUGUUGGAGUGAUUGAGUCUUUGAUGUGGCGAUGUCUCGGUCUUCAUGGAAGCAGCGGCAACGGUACUUUGAUGUUUGGUGGUGUUUCUGCUUUUGAUUGGCUCUGGCUUUAUCCCAGUUUUGGCAGGAAGAUGAACUACCUAUUGACGACGCUGACGAAGAAGCAAGAGGUGGAUUCUCUCAUCAGAUCCACCAUCGACAAAGUCCUCGUCCUCCGCUUCGGCCGAGCUUCCGAUUCCGUCUGCCUCCUCCUCGACGACGUCCUCGCCAAAACGGCGCGAGAGGUCUCAAGGUUCGCAGCAGUUGCGCUCGUGGAUAUCGAUUCUGAGGACAUUCAAGUCUACGCCAAAUACUUCGACAUCACUCUGAUUCCAUCGACGGUGUUCUUCUUCAAUGCCCACCACAUGAAGAUGGACUCGGGAACAGCCGAUCACACCAAAUGGGUCGGUGCGUUUCAGCGAAAACAGGACUUCAUUGAUGUCGUGGAGGCGAUUUUUAGAGGAGCUAUGAAAGGGAAGCUGAUCGUGAGCUGCCCGUUGCCGCCGGAACGAAUACCCAAAUAUCAGUUGCUGUACAAAGAUGUGUAG